AUGCGGGAUGAACCGUCGCCGCUUCCCACCUCGCUACCACCUCAGAUCGUGAAUCAAGACUCCAACUUUGCCACAAAGACAGACAGAAUGGCCGUGGGGACGACGAUUCAAUCUGUGCCAGACACGGCACCCGCCAAAUCCACAGAAACUGGACGGCGAAACAUCGUCACCAGCAUCAACUACUACGACGACCCUGGCGACGGAUCCCCUCCGACCCCGGUCAUCGUUGGGGGCCAAAAAGUCACCAAUGAGAGGAAAAUGGUCCCUCAUACCAUGACCGUGACUGACAUCACCGGCGACGAGGACAAGUUCACUCUCGACUCCCACGGCUUCCAGUAUCUUCGCCACGCGAGCGACGAGACGGACUUUACUGACGAAGAGCAAAUCAAAGCUCGCUACUACCCAGAAUCGGAACUGCUCUACAAGAAGAUUGGACGAUGCGGAUGGAGCGGUGUAAGGGCCUCGACGAAUGCCGGUGGGCCGCAAUCAAGAGAACCCAUGCUCACCAGGGCCCUCGUCCGAACCAGCACCGGGGCCACCAGGGUCGUCAUCUUCAACCACCAGAUCCGCCGCGGACCGGCCAACUGGCACAGCUUGGGCGAGCGCAACACCGAGCGACGCGGCCCGCUGCACAAGGCGCACGUCGACCAGUCCUACGACGGCGCCAUCAUGCAGGCGCGGCACCACUUGGGGGACGAGGCCGACGAGCUGCUGAAGCGCCGCUUCCAGAUCAUCAACCUCUGGCGGCCCAUCAAGACGGUCCAGAAGGACCCCCUGGCCGUCGCCGACGGCAACUCAGUGGCCGAGAAGGACCUGGUCGCCGGGGCCAUCAUUUACCCCCGACACCGCGCCGAGACGUGGACCAUCAAGGCGAACCCGGAGCACCGUUGGUACUACAAGAACCAACAGCGGCCGGACGAGCCGUUGCUGAUUAAGUGUUUCGACUCGGACACGUCGGUGGUUCGGCGGGCGGCGCAUUGUGCGUUCCGGGACGCGGAGAUGGACGACGCGGAGCAUCGGCAGAGCAUCGACAUCCGGGCGUUGGUGUUUCACUGA